AUGGCUACCAUACAGGGAAAAGAAGAAAAGACGAUUGUCGUCGAAGAAAAGGCAGAGGUUUAUACUACCGAUGACUUGGAGCAUGGCUAUGAAACUACGGACGAUGGAUUCGUGCCUCCUGAUGAGAAGGAAUGGCUUAAAUUGCGAUGGAAACUGGAUUUGCGGAUCAUUCCCUACGUCGGUCUUCUUUACCUAUGUUCAUUUUUGGAUCGUGUUAAUAUUGGCAAUGCCAAGGUUGCCGGGUUACAAGAGGACUUGAAUAUGACCGGUAGCGAGUACAAUUUGGCAUUGACCAUUUUUUUCAUUGGCUAUAUCCUCUUUGAGGUGCCGUCUAAUCUUAUGCUCAAGAAAAUCGGUCCUAGCAAAUGGAUAUCGAUCGUGAUGCUGUCAUGGGGCAUGGUAAUGGCGUGCAUGGCAGCCGUGCACAAUGCAGCAGGUCUUUUGGCAAGUCGCUUUUUUCUCGGUAUAACAGAAGCUGGCUUAUUCCCAGGCGUAAUUUUCUAUCUGACAUUGUGGUACACAAGAAAGGAGCAGGCAACCCGUUUGGCACUUUUCUUUGGAUGUUCAACUUUGGCGGGUGCAUUUGGCGGUGUAUUGGCAUACGGAAUCAUGCAAAUGGAUGGCAUUCGAGGCAUGCAUGGUUGGCAAUGGAUCUUUAUCAUUGAGGCUAUUCCAACUUUGGUCCUUGCAUGCUGCACAUACUUUGCCCUUCCUGAUUUCCCGGAAACAAAGAGCAAAUUCCUUAGCGAACGUGAACGUGAAAUUAUCGUGCAUCGCCUACGAAAAGACGCUGGUCCAGCAACAGAGACCCAAUUUAGCAAGAAGCAAGUGCUUGCUGCUUUUCUGGAUUGGAAGGUGUAUAUGCAUGCAGCCAUUUUUAUUUCCUUGGUGACACCGCUUUAUUCUCUCAGUAUGUUCAUGCCAAGCAUCAUCAGUGGUAUGGGAUUUACAGCCCUUACUGCACAAGCCAUGUCGGCACCACCAUACGCAUUCGCAUGUGUUGCCACGAUCGCUGUUGCCAUGCACGCUGAUAGAAAGGGUGAAAGAGGCUUGCAUAUUGCCAUUCCUGCAGUUGUUGGUAUGGUUGGCUACGUGUUGCUUGUCACUUUGAAAGACAAAGGCUCUGUUGCCAUGUAUGUCGCUGCAUGCAUCACUGCAACUGGUGUUUUUGGUCCCAUUGCACCCAUGCUUAGUUGGUUCAGCAAUAAUUUUGGUGGCCAAACAAAACGUGGUGUGGCAACUGCUAUUAUUGUGUCGCUUGGAAACAUUGGAGGUGCUAUGGGUGGCCAAGUUUAUCAAGCGUGGGAUGCACCCCAUUACACACGUGGUCAUACUAUUUGUGCUGCAUUGAUGGCCUGUGCGAUUGUGCUAUCCGUCAUUUACAAAUUCCUGCUGAUCCGCAUGAACAAGAAACGCGAGAACAUGACCGAGGAAGAAUACAACAAGGCUUGUCAAGGCGAGGAGCUUUGUGAUCAUCAUCCCGACUUUAGAUACAUGUCUUGA